GGCGGAAGCCCAGGCAGUUGUGAUGAACUUGGUGUUGUCCACGCCAGUGGCAAGAAUCUCCUUCUUCAGGGAAGCAAUGUCGCUGUCGUCAACGAGAGGAUGGUCGACGGGAGGGAUCGGGUCUUCCCAGAGAAGAACCUCUGAAGGAAUCUCGGGGCCGAGCCAGCGGGAUCGAGGACCCAUGUCACGAUGAAGCAGCUUGAACCAAGCACGGGCAAAGGCAUCGUGGAACUUGUCGGGAUUCUCGAGGAAGUUACGGGAGAUCUUCUCGUAGACUGGAUCGAAGCGGAGAGAGAGAUCGGUGGUCAACAUUCUCGCGGGGUGCUUCUUGUUAGGGUCGAAAGCAUCAGGGAUGAUAUUGCCAGAGUUCUUGGCCACCCAUUGGUUGGCACCAGCAGGAGACUUUUCGAGCUCCCAAUCGAACUUGAAGAGAUAUUCGAGAUAGGCGUUGCUGAACUUGUUCGGGGUCUUGGUCCAGAUGACUUCCAAUCCGGAGGUAAUGGUGUCUGGGCCCUUGCCAGAGCCGUGCUUGUUCUGCCAUCCGAGACCUUGGUUCUCCAUGGAGGUAGCUUCGGGCUCAGCGCCAACGUUGUCAGAAGGAGCAGCACCGUGGGUCUUGCCAAAGCUGUGACCUCCAGCAAUCAGAGCAACAGUUUCCUCGUCGUCCAUGGCCAUACGACCGAAGGUGGUUCUGAUGUCGCGGGCAGCGGCAACAGGGUCUGGGACACCAUCAGGACCCUCUGGGUUGACGUAAAUCAAACCCAUGUGGGCGGCAGCAAGAGGAGAUUCGAGAUCUCUUGAGUGGAUAUCUUUGUAAUCUUUCUUGUGCUCAUCUCCGUCGACGACGCCAUGGGCGCCCUCAGGUACACCGGCCUUGCCGUCAGAGUAACGAACAUCGUUACCGAGCCAGGUGGUCUCGCCACCCCAGUAAACGGCCUCGUCAGCUUCAAAGGUCUCUGGACGACCACCAGCAAAGCCAAAGGUCUUGCAGCCCAUGGAUUCGAGAGCAACGUUACCAGUGAGCAACAUCAAGUCAGCCCACGAGAUUUUGUUGCCGUACUUUUGCUUGAUGGGCCACAACAAACGACGAGCCUUGUCGAGGGAGACGUUGUCAGGCCAGCUGUUCAGAGGAGCGAAUCUCUGUUGACCUUGACCACCACCGCCACGACCAUCGGAGACACGGUAUGUGCCAGCACUGUGCCAUGCCAUUCGGAUGAAGAGACCACCGUAGUGACCGUGGUCCGCGGGCCACCAGUCCUGCGAGUCGGUCAUCAGAGCAUGUAGAUCUUUCUUGACAGCAUCGUAAUCCAAGCUCUUAAAGGCUGAGGCAUAGUCAAAGUCCUUGCCCAGGGGGGUCGAGACGGCGUUGUUCUGACGGAGGAUGUUGAGUCUGAGACCCUCUGGCCACCAGUCGCGGUUAUGCUGGCCACCGCCGCCAACGUUGGCUCUUCGGGUAUCGUGCUUGACGGGACACUCUGCCAUUGCGUCUGUGGAAUGUCUUCUUGUUUGAUGUGUUUGAGGGAGAAGGGAUGUUCUG